AUGUAUUCCCUGCAGCACAGACUUAGGCUGGCCAAUCUGCCGGCGUUUCCAAAACGUUUCUACGUACACUAUCAUAGAAACUGGUCCACCCAUCCUUACCAAAUCUCUUCAACAGCUCCACUUCUCUGGAAGUAUCGAUCUUUGUCAAAUCGUGACCUUGAGUUGGAUCCUCUGCUGGCCAAGGCUUCUUCGGAUCGAGCUUCUGAAAGACUUCUAACCAACUAUUGAAAUUGAACGUGCCAGCAAAUCCCCACAGGCGUUCAUCCACGACAUCUUCCUGCGUCAAUGCCGCAAUGUGAAGAAGUGCGGUAUCUUCAACGUCCACGAACCACUGAGGGAUGAAGUCCUUGAGGAAACCGUACUGAGUGGGAUCCCUCCAGAAGUCCAUGACGAUCUUGCCUGUGCUACCUGACUGCUUGGGGUGGAAGACUGGGCCGACGACGUAAUCUGGCAAUAUGGUGUUAACCACAAAAUUCGGGCUCUCUUCCUUGGAGAAACGCCAGACUUCUUGCUCGACCUGGGCUUUCAGGGCGGCAUAUACGUCCCAGAUGCGGUCGGCUUCGUAAGGUGGCGGUCUCCAGGCGCUUUCAAUAGCAGGUCCAUUCCAUAGAUUCUCAUGAACGAUCUUGGGGUAGCGUUGGGCAAAGACCUCCUUGAUCCAUGCCCCUCGCUCUUCUGAGCGCAAGCUUCCACGGACGGCGUAGCCGAGAUUGAGCAGCGCGUUCGCGAUGUGUGAGCCGAUGAAACCGUUCACGCCAGUCACUAGCACUACACCACCUGGUGGAACAACCGCGUUCAC